AUGUCAAUGAUUGAAUUUAGUAGAUUCUUUCGAAAUCUCACGAAAUAAGAUAAGAUACUUAUAUCGAUUGGAACAUUUUCAGCAGUUGUUACAGGAAUAUUACUGCCAAUUUUUGCUCUUUUAAGCGGAGAACUCGCUAAUACGUUUGAGCCCAGUAACACUCCAGAAAAAAUUAAAGAAGCUAUGAAUACUGUCUCAUUGUAAAUUGCAUUACUUGGAUUUGAAAGUUUAGAAAACUUCGUAGAAUCAGCAGUCCAUUUUAUAACAACUUGGAGGGUCGUAGAAGAAAGUUUAGUGUUAAUAAAAUUAAUUGUUUCAUUUUCAAAAGAGGAUAAGGAAAUAAGAAAAUUUGAAAAAUUAGCAGAACAAGCUAAGAAUCAUUCUGAUAAAUCUGAAAAUUGGACUUCCGCAUUUAUUGGAUUACUAAAAUUUAUUAUUUUCGGUUUCUAUGGGUUUAACUCAUAUUUAGGCACAAUUUUUAUUCAAUAUAAUAUCACUAAUCCUAGCACUGGUAAAGACUAUACCACUGGAUAAAUCAUCUCAGUUAUAGUUGCUUUCAUGAAUUGUACAACUAUGAUAUUCUAAAUAAGUCCCAGUAUCUAAGGGAUAGUAAAAGCAAGAGUGGUUGGGCGUCAAAUAUAUGAUAUAAUUGAUCAAGCCCCAAAACAUAAAAAAUUUGAAUAAGACACUAUUUAAGAGCUUACGCUUAAUAAUGGAAUAAAAUUCGAAUCUGUAACCUUCUAGUAUUAGAAAGCAAGUUAAGUUACUUUGAAAGAUGCAUCAUUUACAAUUGAAGGUAAUAAAACAACGGCUAUAGUUGGAAACUCAGGCUCAGGAAAAAGUACUAUUAUCUAAUUAAUAGAGAGGUUUUAUUUGAAAUAAAAUGGAAAAAUUUAUUUCGAUAACCUUGAAAUAGAAAACAUAGAUUUAAAAACUCUAAGAGAAUCUAUUGGCUAUGUUUAACAAGAGCCUAUACUAAUUAUGGGAACUAUUAGACAUAACAUUCUGCUAGGGAAUAAAGAUGCUUCGUAAAAAGAUAUAGAUGACGCAAUUGCUAUGGCAAAUGCUGAUUUUGUAUAUUCACUUGAGCACUAAAUUGAAACCUAUGUUGGCUCUUCAAAUAUAAUAAAUUUGUCGGGGGGUUAGAAAUAGCGAAUCGCCAUUGCACGAGCCUUGAUAAAGAAACCUUAAAUUUUAAUUAUAGAUGAAGCUACUAGUGCUCUUGAUCCUAAAAGUGAAAAAGAUGUCUAACUUGCUUUGAAAAAUAUUCAGAAAUCAGAUAAUAAACUAACUAUCAUCAUAAUAGCUCAUAGAAUUCAAACAAUAAUAGCAGCUGACAAUCUAAUUAUACUUGAUAAAGAUCACAAAAUAAAUCAAGCUUCUAAGGGAACUAAGAUUUAUGAAGAAGUAAUUGAGAAAUUAGAAUUAAAAAAUUAAUAAUUUGAGUCUAGUUCAAUAUAAUCUCCUUCUCCAUUUAAACAAUAAAUUCUAGAAAAAGGACCUUAAGAAUUUGAAAUUUAAUUUCACAAACUAAAAACAAGUAGAGACUUAAUAAGCAAUAGUUUAAAUGAUUCCAAGUGCAUAUUAAGAGAAGAAAGCCAAGAAAUCAUUAAGCCAAACUAAUCCUAGGAUAUAUUACCAAAGGAAUAUGGCGGGAAGCAUAUCAUGAAAUUUUACAAACCUUAUUCCAAAGUGUUCUUGACUUUCAUUGCAACAUGCUGUAAUUCUUUUGCCUUUCCUCUAUACGGCUAUAUAUUUUCAAAAGUCAUUUUUGUAAUGCUAGGCAGAGCAUCUCCAACUUUCGUUAUCAAUAGAAAUAUUUGGUGCGGAGCAUUUAUAGCCUUAGCUGUAGGAAUGGGAAUAUUUGAGUAUUUAAAUAGGAUAUUGCAUUCUUAGCUUGGUGAAAACUUAGCUUUAACGAUUAAGAAAAAACUCUUUUCUUCAAUGAUUCGUUAAAAUAUAGAAUGGUAUGAUUAAAAGGAGAGGGCUCCUGGUAUCUUAAGUGGCAUGCUCUAAGCAGAUGUAUCUUAACUAAAAGGAUUAACUAGUUAGACAUAUGCACUAAUACUUGAAGCAUUAUUAUGCCUUAUAAUAGGUAUUGCAUUAUCCUUUCUGAAUACUUGGAAAAUGGCUUUAGUUACAGUAACUAUGGUACCAUUCAUAAUACUGGGAGGUAUGGCUGAAUAAAUAAUAGUUUGGAAUUCAGUUAAUAGCUCAACUAAGUCAGUAAAAGAUUCAGGAGAGUAACUAAAUCACUAUGACAAGGCUAAUGCUCUUCUGUCAGAUAUAAUAAUAAACUAUAAAACUGUUGUCAGUCUUGGAGAAAAGAAUGUUAACUAUUUGGUAUAAAAAUAUCAAGAUUUACUCGAAGAACCAAAACGAAUGGAUAUCAAGCAUGCGCAUAUAUCAGGAAUAAUAUACGGAUAUUCUCAAUGCAUAAGAUUUCUUUUCAUCGCAUUUAUCUUCUAUCUAUCUUCAGUCUUCAUCUUUGAGUACAAUGAUGAACCAGAGGAUACCUAUGUUGGUGUUUAUACACUGUUUGUUUCUGCUAUCGGUACUGGUUCUUUGAUAUCAUAAUUACCUUCAAGAUCUAAAUCAAAAUAGGCAGCCAAUAAGAUCUUUAAGAUCAUUGAAAGUCAACAAAUAGAUAAUAAUCACGAUAGCUCAAGACAAGUAGCAAACUAUAAAUAAAAAGAAUUCGUAAAAUAAGGAGAAAUAGAAUUCAAAAAUUUAAGCUUCAAAUACCCCUCAAGAGACAAGAAAGUUCUGAAUAACUUUUCACUUAAAAUACCAAUAGGGUUUAAAGUAGCUCUGGUUGGUCAUUCUAGUUCUGGCAAAAGUACAAUCGCAAAUCUAUUGCUCAGACUUUAUGAUUAUGAAGAAGGAUCCAUACUAAUAGAUGGACAAAAUAUAAAAGAAUAUGAUGUGAAUUCCUUGAGGAACUCUAUUGGGUAUGUUAUGUAAGAACCUUUACUCUUCAAUGUCUCCAUAAAGGAAAACAUUACCUAUGGAAUAGAUGAGGCAUCGGAUGAAAAAGUUAGAGAAGUUGCUGAAAUGGCUAAUGCUCUAUAAUUCAUAGAAAAUUUCAGUGAAAACUAAGACUAAAAUUUUAUGUUCGCUUCUUUUUCUUCACAGCAUGAACUAGUACAACCGUCUUUUGAUAAUGGAAAUAGAUAAUAAGACUAAAAAAUGAUUAAAAAAGAGCUUUCCUAAGGAUUUAAUAAGAAAUGUGGACUGAAAGGAUCUUUGCUUUCAGGUGGAUAAAAGUAGAGAAUAGCAAUUGCAAGAGCAUUAAUUAAAGAUCCUAAAAUUUUAAUUCUUGAUGAAGCUACAUCUGCUCUAGAUGAAUAAUCACAAGAAUUAGUAAACAUUGCUAUUGAAAAAGCUAUGAUUGGCAGGACAAGUAUAGUUAUUGCCCAUAGAUUAAGCACGAUAAGAAAUUGUGAUUUGAUAUGUGUCUUACAUAAUGGAAAAAUGGUAGAAUAAGGAACAUUCUAAGGUUUAUCAGAUGAUGAAGAUUCUUAUUUUUAUAAAUUAAAAUCAGGGAUGGAAAUGUGA